AUGAGGCAGGCCAUGGAGUCGUCCUGGGACGAAAUUGGACCUGACGAAGCAACCGGGGCAGGUUCAGAUCACGAUGAGCGCGAGGUAUCAGAUUCCCAGGACGACGAACCGGGAUACUGCACUCUGAACCUCUCGAUCCCGAAGAACCAUACUCGGACCAGGAAGGCUGAGGGAAUUGAUCUGACCGAAGGACUGGGCACAAAUAAUGACGACCAGGUGUCGGUGUCGGACGAGUGCGCGGAUGACAGCGACCCGGAAGAGCAGGAUGAGACAGGAUUGGACCCGCUGCAGUCCAAGCACAUCGAUCCUUCCACCCAACCCGGAACUCAAAUCGUGGCAGAUUCAGACGAAGACAAUGAUGCAGAGGAGGACGCGAUCGCCGUAGCUUCCGAUCGAGGAGGGCUGGAAGCGAUGCGGUCGAUGUAUCGCGCACUGUACGAGGAAGAGGGUCUUGUCGCGAUGGCUAUGAAAGCGAUGAAUAGGUAUUCUGAGGACAGCAACACACUCACGGACACGGCUGAGCUGGCAAGGACCACGGCCUGGCAUGUGAUGAUGACCACCCACCCUGACGUGUUGCAAAGCCUACUGAAAGGUACGCUGCUAGCAGAUGCCAAAGAUGACGAGGAUCUCAGGCGUAUCCUGGACACCAUGAGCAUCCGAGCCUGCGACGUUCGUUUUCCGCAGCCCGCCAUCUAUCAGAACAUCUUCGCGAACGAGCUACUCCAAUGCGCAGACGCUAUGGAGGAAUAUUGCGAUCAAGAUGGAGACCACACCCGAGCCAGACAGGUUGACUCAUUUCGCAAACCGCUUCCUAAGCUAGCGAGCGGACCAUACCGGAAGCGCAAGUACUUGACGCCGCAGACCAGCAAGAGCAUCUCUGAUGCACGGAAGAGUCAUGUCACGACGUUCCUGGCUGGACUGAGGAAGCGGAUCGAGGAAGUGGACAUCAACGAACGCGACCUGCCACUCAAAUGCCCCCUGGUGGAGAUUGGUUAUACGCAAGACACAGAGGUUCGAUUGAAAGCGCAUCUCAACCAUACAAACUCAAACUACAUCAUGAAUUUGAUGGAUGCGGUCGCGAAUAUGCUCUGGCCGGACAGGUUCAAGAUCCACCAGACGAAGCAACGACUCCGCAAGAAAUCCUUCGUCGUCGGAUUAGGAGCGGUUCUGGGAUUGGAACCGCAAACUUGUCGAUGUACCGAGAUCAGCAGGGUCGAAGGGGCGAAAUGGGAGGCCAACGCACGGAGGAAGAAAGAGCAGGCGAACAAGGCCGCGCAAGCUAUCGGAGCAAAGAUCAAGAGCAUCCGUGAGAAAGUUGCGUAUUUGGGUCUCCUCGAGGGAGCUCUGAAAGCGUUCACGGAGACGAUCCAGUCGGUGGCGGGCGGAGACGAGAGUUAA